UGAACAUCACCAUAUAAACAAAAAGACGAAUUAUGAUUAUUUCUUCAAAACAAUAUUUAGAAUAAUGUCUGCAUAUGAUAGUGUACGGGUUGGCAAAUUAGUGUUAAAAGGCGAAAAACCAAAAAAAUCGAAAAAACAUAAGCGUGAUAAGGAGCACAAGGACAAAGAUAAGGCGAAAAAACGCAAGACGGAGGUGGAUGAAGAUGCGCUACGUCACGGUGGCUGGUGGUUAGCAAAGAGCACGCCGGAAAUUACUGGCGCAGUAGCUAUUGAAUUUGGCGAACGUGCCUAUUUAAAGGCAUUAGACAAUGGUUUAUUUACAAUUGGGCCGCCACAUAAUGAGGGUGAUGGUCCUGAUCCAGAGGAGAUUUUUACUGCAUUCUCAAUAAAUGAAACCAAAAUAUCCAUUAAAUCUGGUUAUGGCAAGUAUUUGAAAAUAGAGAAAGAUGGCAUGGUAACGGGUCGUUCAGAAGCUGUUGGCAGCAUGGAACAGUGGGAGCCAAUAUUUCAGGAUGGCAAAAUGGCUUUGCUUUCGGAAACUGGCUUUUUCAUGUCAAUCGAUCCAGAAGAUGAUGCAUGUGUUGCGCUUCGUAAAAAAGUGACAGAUUUUGAGAUUUGUAAAAUACGCUGCAACGCCCAACGUGAAGCAGAGGAGGAUGAAGAACCCAAAGAGGAAAAAGGAAAUCUAACAGAAGUGGAGCGGAACUAUGUCAAAAAGUUUCAGAAAUUUCAAGAUAAAAAAUUGCGCAUCAACAAGAACGACAUCAAGGAACUCGAAGUGGCCAAAGACCAGGGCACUUUACAUGAGGCGCUAUUGGUCCGACGUAGUAAAAUGAAAGCAGAUAGAUAUUGCAAAUAAAAGGGCUUUCAUUUUAAAGUAACCGCAUAUUUUAAAAUUAAAAAAAAAA